AUGAGUGUUCUUUUAGAAACAACAGAAGGUAAUAUAGUCAUUGACUUGUUUAUUGACCAACAACCGUUAGCAUGCUAUAAUUUCCUUAAACUAUGCAAGUUGAACUAUUAUUUCUUUACACCAUUUUAUAAUUUGCACAAGGACUUAAUAGUGAGCAGCGGAGACCCAGAUUAUCCAGAGAACACAGAUGGGGAUGCAAUUAACAGUUUCGGGGAUGUAAAUGUUAAUAAUACGACAGUGAAGCAGAAUAAGUAUUUACCUGUACCAAACUCACAGCACGAAUAUGUUGAUAAUAGUAUUGGACUAGUGUCGUUCGUUACCAAAAAGGAUACAAAUGGAAAAGAUCUAGUCAUUGGUUCACAGUUUACAAUCAGUCUUACAGAAAAUACAGAAAAUUUGAAGUCAUUCAGCCAGGUAUAUUUUGGUAAAGUGGUAGAGGGAUUUCAGGUAUUGGAGAAGAUCAAUUUGUCGGUAGUUGAGAACUUAGAAACAAGGAGAUUAUUGAAGGAUAUACGGAUUACUCAUACCCACAAUAUUUAUGACCCCUUUCCAGAUCCUAACUUCAUGCAUAAGAAAAAAUCGACGGAGAUGCCCUCUGAUAUACAGAUUGCAAAUAUGAGGAUUCCUGAUUUGGUUUCUGAAGAACUGUUAGAAGAUAGUUCGACAUAUCUGGCGUUAGCAUUGGAGCUAAUGGACGAUUUGCCACAUUAUCAAAUUAAACCUUCGCCAAGAACAUUAUUUGUUGCAAAACUAAAUCCUAUAACUACAUCGGAAUCAUUAAAUAUCAUAUUUAACAGGUUUGGCAAAGUGAUUAAUUGCAAUGUGGUUGCGGAUCAUAAAACAAACAAAAGUUUAUGUUAUGGGUUUGUCGAAUUCGAAGACAAACAGCAGGCAGAUCAAGCUUAUAGUAAAUUGAAGGAUGGUUGCAUUAUUGAUGGCAGAAACGUGGUGAUAGACUUCUCGCAAUCGGUGAAGAAUAUGAAACUACAGAGAUAA